CUUCCCUGUCCCAACGAGGAAACCCGCUGGUGGAUCCUCUUGAACACCUGAGCAAACAGUCUUAAGCUACCCAAUAGAAGGCAAAAAAGAUGGGAAAACGAGACCCAGAAGGCCCGGGGCCUGGCAAGACAGCAAGGAGAGGCCUCUGUGCCAUUCAAGCUGGGAGUGGUGUUGAAUUCUGGAAGAUCUGGGAUCAAGAGCCCCUGAACUCAGCAGUACUUUCCCGACGUUUCCAGCAGUUCCUCUACCGUGAUGCCAAGGGGCCCCGAGAAGUUUGCAGCCAGCUCCAUGGACUUUGCAACCGCUGGCUGAAGCCGGAGAGGCACUCGAAGAAGCAGAUACUAGACCUGGUGAUCCUGGAGCGGUUCCUGACCAUCCUGCCCCAUGAAAUGCAGCGCUGGGUCAGAGGAUGUGGGCCAGAGACCAGUUCCCAAGCGGUGGCCCUGGCUGAGGGUUUCCUCCUGAGUCAGGCAGAGGAGAAGAGGCAGGAAGAACAGAUGUGGGGCCCAUUUGUGAAGAUGGAAACAAAGUUCUCUCAGAUGGAAGGAGCUCUGUGGGAGGAAGGGGAGCUGCCCCAGGCCCAGGAUCACACCCUAGAUGCCUUCUCACAUGGCAGUGAAGAGACAGUGUUGAGCCGUACUCUUUGCAGAGAUGUGGAAACAGCUAUCGUACCUCCAGUCCAGCCUUUGAUUACCUUUGGGGAGGUGGCCGUGUAUUUCACAGAGGCAGAGUGGGCAUUGCUGGAUGCUGACCAAAGAGCUCUCUACGAGGACGUCAUGCUUGAGAACUACAGGAGCGUGGCUUCUCUGGGAGCAAGAUAUGUAAUGGAGACUGUGGUGGAGACAGACAAAAGCCUUACAUCUGAAGAAAGGCGAGAGAGUUUCUUCAGCUCUAAAUCAAAGCUCCUUGUGCACCAGAGAAUGCACACAAGGGAGAAACAUUUUCAAUGCUCAGAGUAUAGAAAUAGAUUCAACCAGAGUGACCAUCUUCAACAGCAUAAAAAAAUUCACGCAGAGGAGAGACAUUUUGAAUGCUUAGAGUGUGGAAGGAGAUUCAGUUGGAGUAGCGCCCUUCGAAGGCAUGAAAGAACUCACACAAACGAGAGACCUUUUGAAUGCUUAGAGUGUGGAAAGAGAUUCAGUCGGAGUGGCCAUCUCCAACGGCAUCAAAGAAUUCACACAAAGGAGAGACCUUUUGCAUGCUCAGAGUGUGGAAGGAGGUUCAGUGAAAGAAGCACUCUUCAAAAUCAUCAAACAAUUCACACAAAGGAGAGACCUUUCAAAUGCUCAGAGUGUGGAAAGAGAUUCAGUCAGAGUGGCAGUCUUCAAAAGCAUCAAAGAACCCACACAAAGGAGAGACCUUUUGAAUGCCCAGAGUGUGGAAAGAGAUUCAAUCAGAGUAGCCAUCUUCAACAGCACCAAAGAACCCACACAAAGGAGAGACCUUUUGAAUGCUCUGAGUGUGAAAGGAGAUUCAGUGACAGAAGCCAUCUUCGAAAGCAUCAAAGAACUCACAUAAAGGAGAGAAUCAGACUUGAAAGCUUCCCCACUUCAACAAGUUGGAAGUCAUUUCUCUUUCUGACCACUGAUUUUUGAGGCAGUAUGUUCCUCUUUGUCUCUCUCAUCAGAAUUCUGCCGCAGACAGAAUUCUCAGCUUUUCACUCACCUUGGAGUGCUUAAUAUUGGCCUCUCUUGCACCAUCCCCCCAUUUUUAGUUUCAUGUGCAUGCAUGUGCUUUAGCUUAAGGAAUCAGCUUUCUGUUGUUUAGUGGAGGUACUUUAUAGUUUUAUACUCCUUUGUAUUCAGUUUUGUAUCCAAAUAAUAUUACAAUUAUAAUACCUUUCCUUUUUUCUAUUUUGGGGUACGCCUUCAGGGACCUGCUCUGGUAUUUUCAAACUGCAACAUCGCAUGGUAUUCCUCAUUUUUCUCUACUUUGAAUCCAUUUUGGUGUAAUACACAGGAGUGUUGAAAGAAAUUCAGCCAGCAUGGCUAAUUCUCUUGUUCUUUUGUUUUCUAUUUCUUUGCACUACAAGAGCUUCCUUUAUUUGCUGUAUUUAGCUCCUGAUUCUAUUUCUGUCAUCUUUUACUUUUGCUCCUUGUUUAUCAUUAGCAAUUCGUUUCUGCAGUCAUCCCUCAAUGUUUUUUAAAUUGCUUUUGGCUACAUUAAUAACCGUUGCAUAUUCUACCCUGGUAAUAUCUCUAUUUUCAACAGUUUAAGAGCUUAACUGGUAACCCCUCCCCCUUCUUGUAACUUUUUUCAACCAUUCAGGGGAAUAUUGCCUAUAAAUACUUUUGUCGAUAAAUGAAAGCCAAAUCUCUCAGGCUGUUACCAAAAUAUCUCAACUGUACUAAAAAUUCAAGCUAAUGCCUUUCGUUCAGAGCCUAGUUAAAAACCCAGUAGUUCUGUAUCUAUUUUAAUUGUUGUUUUAAUUUACUUUCUUAUAAUAUGCAGUGGUGCAGUGGUUAAGAGCAGGUGUACUCCAAUCUGGAGGAACCGGGUUUGAUUCCCUGCUCUGCUGCUUGAGCUGU